UAAACUUUCUUCACCAAUGCCUUCUUUAUCAGAUUCAACCCCAUUAGUAAACUUGCGUGGCUCUCGUGCCCAAUCGCUACAGUCAUCAAUCAUCACUCCGUUUGUGGUCGUGUUGAAGUCUUCUCCCGUCAAUUACCUCUUGGUAUUCGUUCCACUCGGUAUCCUUGCUGGCAACCUUGGAUGGUCUUCCAAUGCGAUAUUCUGGAUAAACUUUUUUGCGAUUGUUCCAUUGGCCUCUAUCUUAGCUUUUGCCACGGAAGAGCUUGCUGAGCACACGGGUGAGAGUAUUGGGGGGCUUCUUAAUGCAACUUUGGGAAAUGCAGUAGAGCUUAUUGUGUCGAUUAUUGCCUUAAAAGACAACCAAAUUCGAAUUGUUCAGGCUAGUAUGCUUGGUUCACUAUUGCUGAACAUGUUGCUUGUGUUGGGAAUGUGUUUUAUUGCCGGGGGGAUUACUCGGGUGCAACAAACGUUCAACCAGACGGUGGCUCAGACAAUGCUGUCAUUAAUGGCGUUGGCUACCAGUGGUUUGAUGAUUCCAGCAGCGUUCCACGCAACAUUACCAGCACCCGAUAAACAACAUGAGUUCCCAGCCCCUGGAUCUCUGGACGAGUUAAUUAUCUCCUUGUCGCGGGGGGUUUCGGUGAUUUUAUUGUUGUUGUAUGUGAUGUACUUGGUGUUUCAGUUGAAAACGCACCGGUCGUUGUUUGAGGACCAGGGUGGGGUCCAUGAUGCCGACGACGGGAUCAUCACCACCGCCAUGCCCCCAGAUUCGUCGGCAACCAAGCCAGCAGACCGUCGCUUGAGUAUUUCCGAACUGUUGGUGGUAUUGCUACUUUCCACGGUGCUUGUGUCCAUCUGUGCGGAUUUCUUGGUGGGCUCUAUCGAUGACAUUGUGGAAACUACGGGGUUGUCGAAGACUUUUAUUGGGUUAAUUGUGAUUCCCAUUGUGGGAAAUGCUGCUGAACAUGUAACGGCCAUCAUCGUUGCCAUGAAGGACAAAAUGGACUUGGCUAUUGGAGUGGCUCUUGGGCUGUCAUUGCAGAUUGCGAUUUUUGUGACUCCGUCCAUGGUGUUGUUAGGAUGGGUAUUUGAUGUACCCAUGUCGUUGUACUUUUCGACGUUUGAAACGAUCAUUUUGUUUGUGUCGAUGUUUAUUAGCAAUUUGGUGAUUUUGGAUGGAGAGAGUAACUGGCUUGAGGGUGCAAUGUUGGUGAGCACAUAUUUGAUAGUGGCCUUGGCCUUUUUCUACUAUCCCGAUACUCAGUUGACCUAGGGGGUAGAGGUGAAUAAGGUGACUGUAGGUGUUAGUAAAUAGAGUAGAGUUUGCAGCAAAUAAAGUGACUAUAAAGUUUGGAAGAGCAAGUAAAGGACCUAAUCCAUGUGUCUGUUUAGGUAUCUUGGGAGUUGGUGUGAACUCUUCAACUCAUAGAAUGGACUUGACUUUGACCCAUACACCCACAAAAGUGACCCGUACACCCACCAAAGUGACUCGUACACCCACCAAUUCUGGCCCCUACACCGCACAUUCUCACCCCAGCUCCCUCCUCAAAAAGUUGCCCACAUCAUUCCUAGAACCACGUCAUCUCUAAUCCCUUCCCCUACAGCGUCUUCACCCAUUAUUAAUUUCAUUUCGCCUAGGCCCAUCCCUGCUUUUCAGCGCCUCAACUAACAAUGAACAGUUGCCAAUGCAAACCCCUGCCACCAAGGCUCUGCGCUGUCGCAUUCGAAAAUAGCUUAUUUCUGUGCCGCAUUGAACUUAAGGUUUACCCGAUCAUUUCACAGGUUGUAGUCGAGAAAUUCAAUAGAAAAACUAAGCCCUUACGACCCCUGCGACAGGCGACACGUAAUCCACAUGAGCCGCCAAGGUGUUCCUGUCACCUGGAGUGUACAAGCGAGGCUAAGACCCUCUUCGAUUUUAUCCGGUUCGGGCAAGCAUAACUGAACGCCCAUGUCUGCGACUUGACAAUAGGCC